UAGACCUUGCAUGGACCUGACCGAAUUGUGCAAGCGCAUCCCAUCCCACCCACAGCCGUCAUUCUCAUUGCCUCGGGAGUUUUCCAUCCUUCGCCUCAAGAGACCCCUUUUCAAUCAACGCCGAUUUGCAUUGCUUCGACUUGGCACAAGAUUUUCGAUGCAGGCUCCGUAGGCGACUUCUCCGGUGUCCUCCCCCCACCUCGACCAGCCAUGGCGCCGCUCGUCGACAACGCGCAGAUCAAGAGCGCGGAACUGCUGCGCCCGCUGCCCCUGUACCAGCACGCUUAUGUCUGGCCGUUCGCCAUCGCAUGGCCCGUCUUCCUGCGCUUCUACCUGAGCGCCGAUCUCUACGACAAAUACAUCCAGGGCCAGGAAUGGACCUUCGUCUGGCUCGCGACCAUCAUCACCUUGCAGGCGCUCGUCUGGCUGUGCACCCACUGGAGCGUCCACCUCAACGCCCUUUUUACCGCCAGGAAGGCCAGGUCCGUUGAAGAUGCGCUGCUGAUCAAAGUCAUCCCGGUUGCCAACGCAGGCGCCGCCGAUAUUUGCAAGCUCGUGCGUGACAAGGUUGGAGAGAAGACAAACUUGUCGUUCCUCUUCCAGAAGCGCCGGUUCCUCUACAACCCCGACACCAAAUCGUUCCGCCCGCUUUCCUACGACAUCGACGCCGAGCCAAAACCUAAGCUCGAAAAGUUCCAGAAGUCCAGGGGCAUUGAGAGCGCCGCCGAGCUGCAGCGCCUCGAGCAGCACUAUGGUUCCAACACGUUCGACAUCCCCGUGCCCACCUUCUUGGAGCUCUUCAAGCAGCACGCCGUUGCGCCUUUCUUCGUCUUCCAGGUCUUCUGUGUCGGCCUGUGGCUGUUGGACGAAUAUUGGUACUACUCGCUGUUCACCCUCUUCAUGCUUGUCACCUUCGAGAGCACCGUCGUGUGGCAGCGCCAGCGGACCUUGACGGAAUUCCGAGGCAUGAACAUCGAGCCGCGCGACACAUACGUCUUUCGCCUGGGCAAGUGGACCAAGAUCCUGAGCGACAAGCUGCUCCCGGGCGACCUGGUGUCGGUCACGCGGACCGGGGAGGACGGCGCCGUGCCCUGCGACAUGGUCUUGGUGGAGGGGACCGCGAUUGUGAACGAGGCCAUGCUGUCCGGCGAGAGCACCCCGCUCCUCAAGGACUCCAUCCAGCUUCGCCCAGGGGAGGCCCCGAUCGAUCCGGACGGCCUGGACAAAAAUUCGCUACUGUGGGGCGGCACCAAGGUGCUCCAAGUCACGCACGGGAACGCCAGCGAGGAGAAGCCCAAGGUCGUUUCCGGCGUCCCCCCGCCUCCCGAUGAUGGCGCCAUGGCGAUCGUCACCAAGACCGGCUUCGAGACGUCCCAGGGCAGCCUCGUCCGGACCAUGAUCUACUCGACCGAGCACGUGUCGGCCAACAACGCCGAGGCGCUGCUCUUCAUCCUGUUCCUCCUCGUUUUCGCCCUGGCUGCUUCGUGGUACGUCUGGGACGAGGGCGUGCGCAAGGACCGCAAGCGCUCCAAGCUGCUGCUCGACUGCAUCCUCAUCGUCACGAGCGUUGUCCCCCCUGAGCUGCCCAUGGAGCUCAGCUUGGCCGUCAACUCCAGUUUGGCCGCGCUGGCCAAGUUUGCCAUUUAUUGCACCGAGCCCUUCCGGAUUCCGUUUGCCGGCCGCAUCGACGUGGCAUGCUUCGACAAGACCGGAACCUUGACCGGGGAGAACCUGGUUGUCGAGGGUAUUGCCGGCCUCGGACUCGGUCACUCCGGCACCGACACCCCUCAAGAGUCCGACGGCGCCCACAGCCGCAUGAGCACGGUCCAGGAGGCUGGCAUGGAGACCACCCUGGUUCUCGCCACGGCGCACGCCUUGGUGAAACUCGACGAAGGCGACAUUGUUGGCGACCCGAUGGAGAAGGCUACCCUCACCGCUCUUGGCUGGAGCCUCGGAAAGAACGACACCCUGACGAGCAAGCCCGGGGCCACCACGAACGCAGGCGUUACUGGCACGGUGCAGAUCAAGCGGCGCUUCCAGUUCUCGUCCGCGCUCAAGCGUCAGAGUUCCGUUGCCACCAUCAAUGCCACCGAUGCGAAGACUGGCAGGAAGUUGAGAGGCACGUUCGUUGCUGUCAAGGGUGCGCCCGAGACGAUCAUGAAGAUGCUGGCAACCGUCCCGAAGGAUUACGAGGAGACUUUCAAGUACUUCACCCGCCGCGGCUCGCGAGUCCUGGCUCUGGCGUACAAGCAGCUCACCACCGAGGGGGAAUUGGGCUCGGGCAAGAUCAACGACCUGAAGCGCGAGGACGUCGAGGCUGACCUCGCCUUUGCCGGCUUCUUGGUCCUGCAAUGCCCGCUCAAGGAGGACGCGAAGGAGGCCGUCCGGAUGCUCAGCGAGAGCAGCCACCGCGUGGUCAUGAUCACGGGCGACAACCCGCUUACUGCCGUCCAUGUUGCCAAGGAAGUGGAAAUCGUCGACCGUGAUGUUCUUAUCCUGGACGCACCCGAGCACAGCGUGCAUGGCGAAGAGACCCUGAUCUGGCGCAGCGUUGACGACAAGAUCCGGAUCGACGUUGACCCUACCAAGCCGAUCGACCCCGAAAUCCUCAGGACGAAGGACCUCUGUGUUACAGGCUACGCGCUGAGCAAGUUCCAGGGCCAGGUCGGCUGGAAACCGCUUCUCCGCCAUACCUGGGUGUACGCGCGCGUCUCGCCUAAGCAGAAGGAGGAUAUCCUCCUCGGCUUGAAGGAUAUGGGAUACUACACGCUGAUGGCCGGCGAUGGGACCAACGACGUCGGUGCUCUCAAGCAGGCGCACAUAGGCGUUGCGCUGCUCAACGGGACGCAGGAAGACCUCGCCCGGAUUGCCGAGCACGCUCGGAAUACGAAGAUGAAGGACCUUUACCAGAAACAGGUCAGCAUGAUGGCGCGCUGGAACCAGCCCCCGCCUCCGGUCCCCGCCAUGAUCGCCCAUCUCUACCCGCCCGGACCGUCCAACCCACACUACCAGAAGGCCAUGGAGCGGGAGGCGCAGAAGAAGGGCGUCACGGUUGAGCAGCUCGCCAAGGCCAACGGCACGAAGAUGGAAACCGUGACCUCUCCUGCCGCCCAGCAACUGCUGGACGCGGACCCGCGCAAGGCCAGGCAGGCCGAGGCGGCCAAGAAGGCAGCCGGGUUCGCCGACAAACUGACGCAGUCCAUGAUGGCCGCCGAGAUGGACGACGAGCCGCCGACGCUGCAGCUGGGCGACGCCUCGGUGGCGGCCCCUUUCACCUCCAAGCUGCGCAACGUGAUCGCCAUUCCGAACAUCAUCCGCCAGGGCCGGUGCACGCUGGUGGCCACGAUCCAGAUGUACAAGAUUUUGGCGCUCAACUGCCUCAUCAGCGCGUACAGCCUGAGCGUGCUGUACCUCGAGGGCAUCAAGUUCGGCGACGGCCAGAUCACCAUCAGCGGCAUGCUCAUGAGCGUGUGCUUCCUGUCGCUGUCGUGGGCGCGGCCGGUCGAAGGCCUGUCCAAGGAGCGGCCGCAGCCCUACAUCUUCAACCUGUACAUCAUCGGCUCCAUCCUCGGCCAGUUUGCCGUGCACGUCGCCACGCUGAUCUACAUUGCCCAGUAUUGCGAGCAGCUUGAGCCCCGGUCCGAAGCGCCCGACCUCGAAGCCGAGUUCGCGCCGUCGCUGCUCAACUCGGCCGUCUACCUCCUGCAGCUGAUCCAGCAGGUGUCGACCUUCGCCAUCAACUACCAGGGCCGGCCCUUCCGCGAGUCGCUGUCGGAGAACAAGGGCAUGUUCUACGGCGUGGUCGGCGUCUCGGCCGUCGCCUUCGCCUGCUCGACCGAGCUCGUGCCCGAGCUCAACGCGGCCAUGAAGCUGGUGCCCUUCACGCCCGAGUUCCGCACCACCAUCACCGCCCUCAUGGCCCUCGACUACGCCGCCUGCUACGUCAUCGAGGUCGUGCUCAAGUACCUCUUCAGCGACCUCAGGGCGCGCGACAUCGCCGAGCGCAGGCCCGACCAGCUCGAGCGCGAGCGGGUCCGCAAGGCGGCCGAGCUGAAAAAGAAGGAGGAGGAGGAGGAGCGCAAGAGGAUGGAGCAGGUCGAGGCGUUUGAGCGCCGGCUGCAGCAGCGCAAGGAGCAGCAGGUCCGGGCGAGGUCUGAACAGCAGCCUCAGCUACGGCGGUGAUGGAUGAAGAGUCCGGGUGUACGGUAGCUAGGUAGGUAGGUACGGAUGUAUACUGUACGGAGCGUGUGGUGGGGUGGUGUAUAGAUGCAAUGUUUGGGUAGAUGGGGGUGUUUUCGUGUGUAUAGUACCGCGUUAAAGACAUAGAAAUAUACGCCGCACACUAGGAGAAGGGUUCGGAGCAGAGCAAGGCUAAGCAGUACAUUUUAACAUUCACGUCUUUGCUUCUAUGGUACAAGGCACAAA